UGACCUGGGCCAUAACGUGCACACCUAAAGCAUAGUUCCGGUCGAGUUUAACCACCAUUCUAAAUUAGUACGCGAGGUAAAUGCUAUCUCUACAAGUCAGUACAUAAGUGCAUAAUAAUUCAUAUUGAGCUAUAUGACACAAAACUGGGGAAAUAAAUGUGAUAGCCAAUAAUAAUUGUGGGCAGUUUUCAUGGGAACAAAUUUCGGGGAAAGAAAUAGUCCGCAUUAAAAACGUGCAACGUUACAGGUUCAAACACGUGUUCUGAAAUUGGGACACCGUUUCCUAAUGUGCUGAGCACCGCCACAGACAGACCCGUCUCCAUUGUUUUGUAAAAGGGGCAGACAGGUGAGACACAUUAAACCGCAACAAUUGGCACGGUCACUUCAGGUAAGUAUCAAAAUACGUUUCAUAUUUAGAGGUGAAAUGAUGCAUUUAACCAGACUCUCUGCAUAGUGUAGUUUCACAAUCUGACCACAAGAUGGCGUCAUUUGCUUUCAUGGUAAAUAUACCCGGGCCACGGAAUUAACUUUGUACGCGCACGUUCGCUGUGUUUGUUCAAUGGUUUUGUCCAUGUGCUGCGUAGACUAUAGUUUCUGCUGACACGUUGUAAAAUGUAUAAUGUGUUGACUGACUGCGGUCACGUGAAAAACGAGGAACCGCACCUGAAAAGCCGGCUUUGUUUGCUACUUUAUAUUUUCAUUGCGUUAUUGCCAUAUUUUGGAGCUAUAUCAGCUAGGCUCUUUGCACAUACCUUUUUAAAUAACCUUUUUGUAUCUUAAAGUACUUAAUGCUGGAGGCCAAGCUUUUAUUUCUAUCCCGUUUCUUAGAGUUGCAAUCGGACCACAUUCGAUUCAACCCGAUAAACCCAACCUGAAUGAGUCGUCAUUUAUCCCUGUGGGUAUAUAACCAUACUUAACUCUCAGGCUGUCAGCAGACGGCGGGUGGUCGCUUAAAGUAGUGAACUUUGUCUUUGACGUGACAAACUCGGGAUCCUGUGGACUAAACAGCCGCCACAGUGGCUGCCUGCUGUGGGAUGUGUCCGAUCCUGCAGCCCCGCCCUCAAACACUGGACACAGCCGCACAGAGAGACUGCUGCCUGUCAGCCGGCUGACUGAGGAGCGACAAACUUCACACAGCAAGGGAAGAAGAGCUUGGAUUGGGUUUGAGUUAUGAGACUGGGCAUGAUGGCGAGGGCCAAGCUGAGGGUGUGACCACAUCAGGCAGAGACUGCUGAAGUAAGCAGGAGCCUCGAUACACUAAACCACCUACUGCAGCCGGGAAAGAUGGGAGAGACAGAGGAGGAGAAGGACAAUGUGGGGAAGCUGUUUGAGGACUUUGUUCAGACCUCGACCUGUAAGGGAGCCCUUCAGGCCUUCAACGUUCUCUGUAGGAGGCUGGACAUCGACCCCGCGGACAAUGUCAACUUCUACAGCAGUCUGAAGGCGAAGGCCACCUCGUGGAAGGCCAAAGCACUAUGGAGUAAACUAGACAAGAAGACGUCCCACAAGGAGUACAAGAAAGGCCAAGCCUGUGUGGGCACCAAGUGCUUAAUCAUCGGAGGAGGCCCCUGUGGCCUGCGGACAGCCAUCGAGCUCGCUUUGAUGGGUGCCAAAGUGGUGGUGAUUGAGAAGAGAGACUCCUUCGCCAGGAACAACGUGCUGCACCUUUGGCCCUACACCAUUCAUGACCUACGGGGCCUCGGGGCCAAAAAGUUCUAUGGCAAAUUCUGCGCAGGGGCCAUAGACCACAUCAGCAUUCAGAAGCUGCAGCUGGUCCUACUGAAGGUCGCUCUGAUUGUUGCAGUGGAGUUUCACAUCAAUGUGGAGUUUGUGUCGCUGUUGGAACCUCCAGAGGAUCAGGAAAAUGAAGGGCUUGGGUGGAGGGCUGCAAUCCGACCUGCUGAUCACCCCGUGGCUAACUUUGAGUUUGAUGUCGUGGUGGGGGCUGACGGACGAAGGAAUACUCUGGAAGGCUUCAAAAGGAAGGAGUUCAGGGGGAAACUGGCGAUAGCCAUCACAGCCAACUUCAUCAACAGGAACACCACUGCUGAAGCCAAAGUAGAAGAGAUCAGCGGUGUGGCCUUCAUCUUCAACCAGAAGUUCUUUCUCGACCUUAAAGAGGAGACAGGUAUCGAUCUGGAGAACAUUGUGUACUACAAGGACAACACGCAUUACUUUGUCAUGACUGCCAAGAAACAGAGCCUGCUGGACAAGGGAGUCGUCAUUAAUGAUUACAUAGACACCCAGAUGCUGCUGAGCAGUCAAAAUGUCAACCAGGAAGCUCUUCUUUGCUACGCCCGAGAGGCUGCUGACUUUGGCACCAACUACCAACUUCCCACGCUGGAUUUUGCCAUUAACCACUGCGGGCAGCCAGAUGUAGCAAUGUUUGACUUCACAAGCAUGUACGCCUCUGAGAACGCUGCUCUGGUCAGGGAGAGGUCUGGACACCAGCUGCUGGUAGCACUGGUUGGCGACAGUCUACUAGAGCCCUUCUGGCCCAUGGGCACGGGUUGCGCCAGAGGCUUCCUGGCUGCCUUUGACACAGCCUGGAUGGUAAACCGCUGGGCUCAGGGUCGGACAGCUCUGGAAGUGCUGGCAGAGAGGGAGAGUAUUUACAGGCUACUUCCACAGACAACAACUGAAAACAUUGCCAAAAACUUUGAUCAGUACACCAUAGACCCUGGGACGCGAUACCCCAACCUCAACUCCUCUUGUGUCAGGCCGCACCAGGUGCGUCACUUGUUCAUCAGCAAAGAGUUGAAUUCCUGCUCUCUGGAGCGUGCUGCUACCAUACGUCGGCCUGUCAAUCUCUGCAGACGAGAGUCAGAGAUCAGACCGGCGAGGCUGCUUACCUGGUGCCAGAAACAGACCGAGGGCUACAGGAAUGUGACGAUAACAGACUUGACGUCUUCUUGGAAAAGCGGUAUCGCUCUCUGCGCCCUCAUCCACAGCUUCAAACCCCAGCUGAUAGAUUUUGACUCAUUAAUCGAGGAAGACCACUCUGCAAACCUCCAGCUGGCUUUUGACAUCAGUGAGCGUGAAUUUGGGAUCGGAUCAUUCACAUCUGUGAAGGAGCUGAGUCCUGAUCAGGAGUUGGAUAAGACCAGGAUGAUCACCUACCUGUCCAAGUUCUACGAGCUGUUGCGUGGCACACCCCUACCUGCCUCAGGUUCCAGAGGAGUGGAUGAAAACAAUGAAGAUUAUCCAUCUAAGGAAGUGAGAAGUAAUAAUAAUGUGCUCAACCUGGCUCUGCCCAGGAAACGGGUACCGAAGGAUGAACAGAAGUCGGACGGUACAGAUCCCAUUUACAAAAGGAGGCGGAAAUUCUGCAGUUAUCUGGAGGAGGCCACCAAUCUGUCGAGUAAUGGCUCCGCAGUGCAAGAGGACCGAGAGCCGAAGGAAAACAGGGUGCGCUCAAUGGCUACUCAGUUGCUGGCCAAGUUUGAAAGCACACAAAGCCACACCGUCCGGAGAAAACAGUCAGACUGUGAGGAGUCCUCCCCGCUUCAAACUCUUGACCUGGCUGAGGGUCUGCACAUUAAACUCAGGCCUCCGAUCCCACCUAAACCUCCUCCUGAGAUGCAGUUUGAGGUCAGUAUCAGAAAAGCAGCAGAUCACUUAGUGCGCCUGCCUCCAAAGACUCUGCCCAAACCUCAGCUCCAGCCUGAGUCCCUGCACCCAUUUUCAGUAAUGAAGCUCAGACAUGUUGAUCGGACGCACGCUGAGACGAAGCCCCAGCCUCAGCCGGAGAGUGCAGACCCCCCUGCUUCUUCUCCCUCCUGCCAGUCAGCAAUCCAUUUCAUGUCAAGAGUGCUGCAGCGCCUCAGGGAGGUGGACGAACACGUCUCUGAGAAAAAAGCUCAGACACAACAGGCUAGAGAGUUUCACUCAAAGAGUAUAAAGGAAAAAGCUGUUCACCUCAGUGGGUUGUUCUCAUCAGACAGCUCUGCUGAACUCAAGGGCGGCUCAGUACGAAGGGCGUUCCCCCCGUCAGGUGACAAGUGUCACUCAUGCGAGAGGCGUGUUUAUAUGGUGGAGAGGGUCUGUGCCGAGGGGCUCUACUUCCACAGGGAAUGUUUCCGCUGUUCCACCUGCAGCUCUGCCCUGCGACAGGGAGCACAUGCCUUCGACUCUGAACAGGGAAAAUUGUACUGCAAACUUCAUUUUGAUCAACGCAACAAUGGGACAAACCUACAGAGGGCUUUUUCUCUGCGCUCAGAUCUUUCUGGAGCUGGAGCUCAGGAGCUAUGUGUUGAUGAUGGACAGAGCUUGGAGUCCAGCAGCACAGCAGACCUGGAGAGUCGAUCCUCAGCAGCUGAAGCCUUUUAUGAAGAGGGUGAGCCAGCUGGAUGGUUAGGAGAAAUUCAAUUUUAAAGGUGAUCACCUGCAUGGUCAUGUCGUCAUGCGUCAUACUUGUGAUGUGUCUGCAGAUACUGACGAUAAAUAACUGACCAAAAGUGUCUGGUGUCACUUAACGACAUCGCUGAAGUGAUUAAAAAUCUUUGUUUGAAGUUUUGACAAAACUAAACUCAUAACUAAUGAGCGGCCUCAGCGUUUGUCAUUGAUCAUCCAGCUGUUUUUGGAAUGAUACUAACUAAGCCUGGUUCAAGACCCCUGAAUUGCUGCCUACACCUCCUACUUUUCUAGUGGUCCAAAUAGUAUGAAUACUGAAAUUAAAGUCUGAUUUCCGCACUAGUACUAACUUGUAAAGAGAAGAAACCAAGGAAACGUCAAAUCAGGUUUUAUUCCAACUUUAUUUUCUCAAAACAUCAAUUUGUCAGAUCAAAAUUGGUUCCGUUAGUAUUUACAAAUAGUUGACCAAACUAUUUGCACAAAGGACUAUUCUCAUUUAGAGCUUUUGAUUGUAUCACAAAAGUUGCCAGCAGUUGUCAAGGUUUUGCAAAUGUUUGAACUUUUAUUUCUCCAAGAACUUCCAAGAUCCACUUUGACUGUUUUCCAGGUGAGUAGUAAUAUUUACUUAAAUUUGUAACCAACAUGAACAAGGACUCUUUAAAGUGCGCACUGUUGCCGUUGUUUGCACUGUUAGUUUCAUUAGCUGCUAGCCGCCAUCUCAGCUGUUGCCACGUUGAGAGCCGUGGGGAGGCAAUCCCUCAAUCAUAUGCUCUGAAUUUGACAUUGAUCAACUUUUAAAUAAAAACAAAACAAAGUUAUUCAGUUGUUCUGUCAAACUCGCCUUGUAUGGUUUGUGCAAUGGUCUGUGUAACACUUCCCUGAUUUAAAAACAAAAAAAAAAAAAAGUUUUUAUUUGUACAGUCAUAUUUUCAUGAUGAUCUGACAAUAACGGCAAAAAACCACUUAACGUUUCCAUUUAGAGGUUCAAUACAGCACCAUUUAGAGAAACCUAUUUCGGUGUGUGUGUGCAUUGACCUCUGUAACUUUAUAUUUGUCCUGGUUUAUAAAACACAUUAGUGGCAUUUUUCUGCCUCCUAACUUAAAAUGGAAAGUGCAUCCCUAUUCAGGGAUGCAAUUUGUGCACAGAGGACUGAACCUCGAUUGACUAAAGAAAUUGCUGUGAUGCAUGAUUCUACUUGUAAAAAAGUCCUUGACUCUACGACACCAGUUUGGAUUCUGUUGAUACUUCUGUUCUUCCUUUGCUUUUAGAGUAAAUAUUGAAGGUUAAUUACACUUUAAAAAAAACAAGAUGUCCACCAUUUAACAUUUCCGCCAUGGCUUUUACUCGUACUGUUAUUUUAAUGAUAAUACAUUCUACUGUAUCUUCAUAAGUAUAGAUACAGUAUAUGCAAACACUAAAUGGAAUAAAGGCACCCUUUUCCAUGCAUGCCAGUAGCUAAACUGUAUUAAAUACGCGGAAGUUCUUUUAUUUAUCUCAUUAACGUUGUCUAAGUCAAGGAUGAGAUCUCGUGGGUUCAUAUUUCGAGUCAUUUUGGCCUGUGAUGUUUAGCAGAGAACACAAUUUAAACCAGAAGUUGCUGUUUAUGCACCAAAAGCUCUACUCCUUAAUGCGCCACGACAGCCAACAAACUAACGCAUAGCUUUUCGAAUGAAUUAUCCUCUCCAUGCCGUGUUGUUCCUAUGUCAGCUCUAAAUUUAUAAAUAAUGUUUGUGCAUCUUUGUUGUUCAUCUAAUGCUCCUUUUGUGCCAUUUCUAUUAUAUCACCCCAAAAAAAUAAAAUCUUGCUCUUUAGAGAGUACUUACGAGCAUUUCAGCCUCUAAAAGCUUGUUUUAUGAGCACAGAAUGUGACGGAGCCUAACUUUUUAAUAACACUUAUUGUGCCCAUAUUACAAUGUAUCAGUGAAUCCCUACAUUUUAAAAUCAGUAAGCACAGAUUGACACCAACAAAUCAUCAGAGUCUUACGCAGUAAAGGAGAUGAGCUACAUGAAAAUAUAUUUGAUUGUUUAUAUAAUAAAUACAAAAACUGGUGAUCAUUUCUGGCAUCAACAAAUUAAUGUUUUGUCCUCUUUGUUCUGAACUUUUUAAUGAAUUAACAGUACUGUUGGUAAAAACCGUAACACCUCAAAGAUCCUUAACAAUUUCAAGAUACACAUAAGAUACACAUUUAAAAUUGUAUGCAGCAGUCAAGAGUGUGCAUGUUUACUGAUCUACAUUACAAUGUUUGUUUCUCAUUCAGAAGCUGCCAUGCAAGUGAGGUGUCGCUUCACCCACAGAGGACUGAGAUUUAAAGAAUAAUUAGAAUUCUUCGUGACAUUGUUGUAUAUAAUUGUUUAGAAUUAAUGCUGACUUCUUGAAAGGGUGUAAAACAUUUAUUCUUGUUUUGUGGAGCGAUUCCUGGAUUGCUUUUUGUGCCACAGUAUUUCUCAAUAAAUGUUAUGUGUUGUUGGCUGAUAUCUGACUUUGUUUAUCAGACUUAAAUGAUUUUAAGCUGGUUCAGUUUCAUUACCUAUGAUCUACAAUGUGAUUCUAUAUAAAAAGUGAACCAAUUAUCAAACAUAGCUUGUCUGUACAUCAAACUGGUUUCUGUCUGGUUGAUUAAAUCAUUUUUGCAGCGUUAUCUUUAAAAUAAAAGAUCCCAUAGAAAA